AUGUCGGGCCGUCACAAGGCUAUCCGUCUUCCUCCCCUCAAGACCCUGCGCGUCCACGAUCCGAAGCGCAAGGUCGAGAACCCGUGCAUCGCCAUCAUGUCGAGCGUCCUCGCCUGCUGGGCUUCUGCCGGAUACAAUGCCACAGGCUGCGCCGCCGUCGAGACACAGCUCCGCAAGUGCAUGGACGGUCCCGCGCCUCCUCCCGCACCCACAAACACGAUCAACUACCACCUCUCACGAAUGCAAAAGCACAUGACGGGGCCGAGGAAGCAAAAGUAG